UUAUAUAAUAUUCUGUGUAUUUAGAAAAUAAAUAAAAAUACAUAAAUGUAUGAUAUAAUACUACUAUAAAAUCAUCUAAACACCGUUAACUACUAUUAUGCUUUAUUAAUUUUUAAUUACUAUACACGCGUAAAAAAAUAUUUAAAAAAUGUCGGAAAGAGAAUUGGAACCGGAAAUCGGCGGAUUUUUCCGCUCGAAUUUGCUGGCUGUGCAAAAGGCGAUUCGCCAACAGGACUUCAAGAAAUUCGUCGCUCUCGACUCGAAUGCCGAGAGGGUGGCUUUCGUCCUGAGCUAUCCCGAGGCUCACCAAUUAUCCUUGGCUGUGGAGAAGCCUAUGCUUAAGGAUAGUAAUGGUGCUAUUCAAUUGAAGGAGACUGGAAACAAGCAUUUCGGUCGGGGCGAAUUUUCAAUGGCCUUGGAGAUUUAUUCGAGUGCGGUUCUUUUAGCACCGUCAACAGAAUUAAGCGUCAUCCUGGCGAAUCGCUCGGCUACGUUGUAUCACUUGGACCAACACGAGCACGCGUUGGAGGACAUGGAAGAAGCUUCACGACUCGGUUAUCCAAAGGAACUCUUUUACAAACUCGAGGAACGACGGGCCAGAUGUUUGUUGGCCUUGAAGAGGCAUGACGAGGCGAUCGAGGCGUUCAGACGGGCUCUCCAAACCCUGGACGAUGCCAGGAUACCGUUGGAGCGCAAGCAGAAGUUCGAGAUGGACAUCAGGAUGAUGCUCGCGGUGAUUGACAAGAGUAAACGGCUCAACGAAACCGCCCAGAAGAAUCUCCCGCGAGUUAAUAGCAAGCAAAGUCCGUGCAGUCGGCGUUCCGAAGAGAAUCGCGGCAAGUUUAUUUCCGAGAAGCAAAGGAACCCUCGGUAUCCCGCUUGCAGUAGCGCGGUGGAGAUCAAGAACAACGGAGAUGACGCGGGUAGACACGCUGUGGCGACCAGAGAAAUAGCACCCGGGGAAAUCUUAAUCGCGGAACGACCGCAUUGCGCGUUUCUGCUGGCGGAGAACAAGUUUACACAUUGCCACUUGUGCUUCGCGAGGAUAAUCGUGCCGAUUCCAGCAGCUUGUUACACUUGCAGCUGCGUCGCGUACUGCAGUCGUCGUUGCAGAGAUGCGGAUGCCAAAGUGCAUCUGCGGGAAUGCAAGCUGCUACCGAGCUUGUGGCACUCGAAGGCUUCGGUGACGUGUUUUCUAGCUCUAAGGGCGAUCACGCAGAAAUCAUUCGAGGAAAUUAUGAAGCUGAAGGACCGAUUCGUGGAUUCCGGAAGAGCGUUGAACAUCUCCGCGAAGAACCCGUAUCGAGGAAAUGAUUACAUGACUGUCUAUAAUUUAGUGACCCAUGAAGACAAAAGAUUGCCAGAAGACAUUUUUCAUAGAGCUUAUAUGGCUGCUUGGCUGUUUAGACUGCUAAAAACCAGCGAGUACUUACCAGAAAAUGUGAAAACUGCCGAUACAGCGAAUAGCAGAUUGUCCGAAGAAGAAUUGUUCAUCGCGGAGCUAUUGUUACAUAAUUUGCAGUUGUUACAAUUCAACUCGCAUGAGAUUUCAGAACUUGUAAGACCGAAAGGGGAGAAGACACUCGCUAGGGCCAAAAGUAUAUUCAUAGGUGGUGGUGUUUAUCCUACAGUAGCAAUGUUAAAUCAUUCGUGCAAUCCUGGCGUUAUACGGUACUUUAUCGGUACAACUAUGGUUGUUCGUGCCGCUCGUACAAUCAGAGCAGGUGAAGAAAUUUCGGAAAAUUAUGGUCCAAUCUUUACAACUACGCCCGAGAACGAACGAAAACGAAGACUGAGAUUACAAUAUUGGUUCGAUUGCAAUUGCGAAGCGUGCUCGGGACAUUGGCCGCUUCUGGAAGAAUUAGAUCCUACAGUACUCAGAUUUAAAUGCGAAACCGGACCGUCUUGCGGCAAUGUAUUGCUGGUUAGAAGUGACACGAACGAGUUUAUGAUUGGAUGCGCAAAAUGUGGCAAGAGCAUCAACAUAUUGAAGGGUUUGAAAGCUCUCCAAGACACAGAUGCACUUUUCAAAGUCGCAUCGACUAAUCUUGAAGGGCAAAACGAGUUAGCAUUAAAUGCUUACCUUGAGAUCUUGAAGCUACUAGAUGAGACUCUGGCGUUGCCUAUCAGAGAUUAUCACAUCUGCCAACAGGGAGUCAGAUUAUGCGUCCUCGCUUUAGGCAACACAGCUCGCAUUUGAUCAUUAUGGACUCCUAAAGAAUCUAUAUAUAUAUGUUAUCUAUAUAUUUUUUAAAUUCAAAUUUUUAUUA